AUGGGUAUUGAUGAGAUUCAAACACCAAUGGAUAAAGUGUUUGAGGCGUUGUCCAAGAUAAAUGCCAUCACUCCAGAACUCAUCGACACAAAGGAAUUGGGGCAUGAUCUCGCUUAUUCUUGCAAAUUUCAUAUGGGGACAAUUGGGCAUUCCAUUCAAAAUUGUGAUAGCUUUCGUCGUAAGUUGCAAGAAUUGAUGGAUUCAUCGGUAAUUGAGUUUUAUGAAGAAGCCGAAGAGAAUUUGGUCGGAACCAUAAAUGGAGACACCCCAGCUGAAGUGGCAUCAAGUUCAUUCGGGGCGAACAAACCUAAACCUCUCACCAUCUUCUAUGAAGAAAACAGAAGCCCGAUGAAUGAUACAUCCCCUACUAUGAUCAGAAGUGCUUCAUCCGCCCCCCAAGCAUCUUUUGAAGAUCUAAUUGGUGUGGGGGGUAUAACGCGAAGUGGGCGAUGUUAUUCCCCUGAGAUAGCGGAAAGAGUUGGAAAAGGGAAACCAGCACAGGGAGAGGGAGGCCUAAAGAAAGCAGAUACCUUUUCCAAGGACCAAGUUGACGAAUCUGUAGUUGCUCCGAACAUGAGUGAAUACAGUGUGGUAGAACAAUUAACCAAGAUGCCCGCUCGCAUCUCGUUGUUGUCUUUACUGUUGAAUUCGGAAGCACACAGGAACGCACUGCUCAAAGUCUUGAACCAAGCUUAUGUGGCACAAGAUAUAUCAGUGGAAAAGUUAGACCACAUCAUGGGGAACAUUACAGUGGGAAACUUCAUUGCCUUUAAUGAUGAAGAAAUACCAUCGGGUGGUCGAGGAAGUAACAAAGCGCUGCACAUUACCAUCAAAUGCAAGGACCAUGCCGUACCUAGGGUCUUGGUCGAUAAUGGUUCCGCUUUAAAUGUCAUGCCUCGCUCUACUUUAACCAAGUUGCCAGUAGAUGUGUCGUAUAUGAGAACCAACCGCAUGGUUGUAAGGGCUUUCGACGGGACCACAAGGGAGGUGGUAGGGGACAUUGAACUACCGAUAAAAAUUGGCCCUUGCAUUUUUGAGGUCCAAUUUCAAGUCAUGGACAUUGCCCCGUCCUACAAUUGCUUGUUAGGGCGUCCAUGGAUUCAUAUGGCUGGAGCCAUACCAUCUUCCCUUCAUCAAAAAGUUAAAUUCAUAGCUGAAGGCCAACUGAUAAGUGUAUGUGCGGAGGAAGACAUACUGGCUAUUCAACCAUCAUCUGCUCCCUAUGUAGAGGCAACAGAAGAAGUCCCAGAAUGCUCUUUCAGAUCUUUUGAAUUUGUUAAUGCUACUUAUGUGGGGGAAAGAAAAGUGAUACCGACCCCUCGUUUGUCAGUAGCCACUAAAAUGGGAGUUAAGCAGACUGUGGGUAAAGGAUGCCGUGCUGGUUUGGGGUUAGGAAAGAAUUUACAAGGAAUUAACCGUCCUCUGACUCCAAUGAAGAACGAAGAAAGGUUUGGUUUGGGGUACAAGCCUACCAAAGAAGAGAGAAGGAAACUGACAGCUCAAAAGAAGAUUAAAAGGAUGGCUCAACUUGAGGGAAAGGAAGAAGAAUUCGGGGAACGGACAAUCCCACACCUAUAUGAGACUUUUCGCUCUGCAGGUUUCAUUCAUCUCGAAGCACCACCAAAGGUCAAUCAGGUUCUACGGAUAUUUGAUGAGCUAUCAAUCCAUAUGAUCAGAGAUGAAGAACCUGAUGAGAAGAUCCCUAUGGUGUAUCCAGUACUGCCAGGAGAGGAGCUAAGUAAUUGGACAGCCACGGAACUGCCCAUCAUCUUUAAGUCUUCCAAAAUGUAAUGAACAAUUUUAUCUAAAUGCCUAUGCCCAAGGGUGUUAAGAUUAAUUUUCUGUUUAAGUAGGGCUUUCUAUUACCUUCAUCAU